AUGAGACCUAACACCAUUAAAUUCAUUAACCUAAUUUUUUUUCAAAAAUUAGAAUAUGCUGAUGAUAUAUCCAAAAGUGAAUUUCUACGUGAAAUAGCUUUAAUGAAAACUUUGGGUUAUCAUGAGAGAUUAGUGAAUAUGUUAGCCUGUGUAAUGCAAUCAGAACCCUAUUGUUUAGUUGUUGAAUAUUGCAGUGAUGGCGAUUUACUCCAUUUUCUCCGCAUUCGUUGUAAAUACAUGCUUGAAUUGGAUGAUGCCGGAAUUAAUUAUUCCGACCCCGAUUGUGGGACGGAAUUUGAUCAUUCUAUGAUUAUGACUGUAAAACAGUUGUUAAUGUUCUCUGUACAAAUUAGUUAUGGAUUGGAAUAUUUGACCCAAAAAGGUUUUGUACACAGAGACGUAGCUGCUAGAAAUAUUCUUGUGCACGACAAAACACAUGCAAAGAUUGGGGAUUUUGGGCUUUGCCGGUUUAUUUAUGCGGAUAGUUCGAAUUAUAAGGGAAGAGGUGGAAGAUUGCCUAUUAAAUGGAUGUCCCCCGAGGCUAUUCGACAUUAUGAAUUUACUACUAGUUCUGAUGUUUGGUCUUUUGGCAUCCUCAUGUUCGAAAUCAUCACCUUGGGAGGCACUCCAUACCCUGGAAUUCAGCCUGACGAUAUGCUCGCAUUUUUGGAGUCGGGCCGUCGUAUUGCUCAACCAGACAAUUGUCCGGAUGAAUAG